CCAUCCCACGCCACCCCAGAAGCUCUGCAUUCUCCCGUUAGUCCCUUCCGGUAAUUCGCUUCUACCCAGUUCCCUGUUUUUCUUCCUGAGUGAGCACACAUUCAGGGAACAAGGACCACAAGGCAGGAGAUCCAAGCUGUGGUCUCCAGCAGUCCCCAGUAUCGAGGGACAGCAAGUGGACAUGAGUGACUCCAGGGACCCCGGGGCGCGAGAGCUGGAGGACGAGGAGCUGAUAACCAGGGGCUUCAGUUUUCCCAAAAAAGUCUUCGAAUUCCGACAGAUUCACGGCCUCAGGAGUUUUUCAGGGUGUCUGGGCCACGUCCCCGUGCUGCAGCUCCUGUCCCUCCUGCUGUUCGCUGGGCUCCUGGUGGCCAUCCUUGUCGAAGUGUCCAAGGCCUCCAGCUCCCACGGGGAGAAGCUGCUGAUGCAGGAGGAAAUCUCUGAGGGACUGACCCAGCUGAAGGCCAGCGUUGCCCGCCUGUGCCGUCCCUGUCCCUGGGAGUGGAUGUCCUUCCAAGGAAACUGCUACUUCUUCUCCAACUCCCAGCGGAAGUGGCAGGACUCCGUCACUGGCUGUGAGGAAAUGGGGGCCCAGCUUGUCAUAGUCAGGAGUGACGAGGAACAGAGCUUUCUAAAGGCGCAGACGACCUCGAGUAACCGCUAUAACUGGAUAGGGCUCUCCGACCUGAAACAUGAAGAUGUAUGGCAUUGGGUGGACGACUCACCUCUGCAGACCAGCUUCACGAAGUUUUGGAACCGAGGGGAGCCCAACAACAUCGGGGAGGAGGACUGUGUGGAAUUGAACAGCAAUGGCUGGAACGAUGCUGGAUGCGACGUCGAAAAGUUCUGGGUCUGCAAGAAGUCCGCAGCUUCCUGCUCCAGUCCCUGAAGGCUGGCUGGCUCCUUGGCUCCUGCAGCCCUAACCCUCCCUCCUGGGUGGGACAUUGAAAUCAUAGCAGGCCGGGACCAGCAGCUGGCGUAAUGGCUAUGUUGCUGGACUCCCAUGUAGCUGACCAUGGUUCGAG